GUGCAGACUGAUAGUUGCAGACAGGUGCAGAGAGACAGACAGAACUGGCGCUGUUGGUGGAUGUUCAGAAUACAGUAGGAAAUUUAAAGAUGGAGGACAGGGGGGGGGUGGAGGGGAGGGGGUGGGAGGAGCCCAGCACCAUGCCGUGGCCCAGUGACAGACAGACAGGUAGACAGACAGGUAAGGGGGACAGACUGAGUGUGAGGUCAGACACUUCCCUCCAUGAGGCAGCCAGUUGGACUGAGAGUGAGAGAGGGCUGAUGGUGGAGGGAGAGAGGGGUCAAGGAGGAGGAGCAGGGGGAGGUAAACAGGAAGGGGCGGAGCCUAGAACACACCUGAAAGAGGAGGAGGAGCCUACAGAAAACCACCUGCCGCAGAAAGCAGCUCAGGUGUUUAGCCCUGCAGUGACUGUUCUCCUCUCCCCAUCCUCACCCAAAGAGAGUGAGGUAUUCUGGGAAAUGGAGUCAGAGAAGAGCCCUUUCCUUGCUGCCCGAGGAGUCCCACAGGACUACAACCAACAUGGCUACCAGUAUGACUGGACAGAGGACAAGCCCCCUGCCGCAUGCAAGGGAGGCUGUCCUAACAGGGAUGCUUUGAAGGUGGGCGUGUCUUUGAUGACAUCAGCGCUGUUCUUCCCCUUCCUGGUGUGGGGGGGGUUUGUCUUCCUGCCAUUCGACGCCCCCUUGCUGGGCGACGCCCCCCUCAGACUCGUGUACGCACUACGCUGCUCCGUGUUCGCCGCUGUGCCCAUCGUCCUCGGUUGGAUAGUUCUGGGUGUCAGCCGGCUCAGGACAGGUGUGAUUCGAGCCCUUUAUGAUGACGAGGAGAAGGAGGCGGAGCUUCAGGAGGUCACAGUCCAUCGGCGCUUCAUUUCUGACUCAUCCUCCUUGUUCCUGAUCUACUUCCUGCAGCUGGUCGUCAUGGCGAUGUACCUGAGCCAGGAGCACCUGAAGCUCCUCCCUCUGCUGACCAUCGUCUUCGCUUUAGGACGGUUGGUGUACUGGGUGGCGGCAGCAUUCGGCAGCAGCAUCCGUGGUUUCGGUUUCGGUCUCUCCUUCCUGCCGAGUGUCGCCAUGAUGGUUGCCAACAUCUACUUCAUCUUCUCGUUGGAGGCGGGCGGGUCCAUCUUCAGCGUCCCAGCUCCUCCUGAGGAGGUUCUGACUCCACCCGGCAGACAGCGGUUCUACGGUUGAGAUCUGAUUUUUUUUUUUUUACUCAAACUGAAUAAAGAUGAUUUUAAAAAGUUGAUUUUCUUUAAAUAUUUAUUAGUCAAAUAUUUUUUCUUUCUGUUGACUUCCUGUCGUAUCAAUAAAAUAAAUCAUGACACUCUC